UUUUUUACAUCUAAAUGGUCGAAAAUAAUUUACUUCUAAAAAAGCACUGCAGCACAUAUCUUGGACAAAUUAGAUUUUGUUUUAUAUAUCGAGUGAUUAUAUUCUGCAUUUUAUAUAAAGGAUACACAGUAAUUAUAAAACAAUGAAUUAGGAAUUAUAUGAACGAUCGAAUAAUUUGCACGAACUGUAAAUUUCCAACACUUAUCGAUAUAUAACCUUUCGAUCAAAACUUGCAACUCGAAUGAUCGUCAACUAUAAUUUUUAAAAAUUUAUAUUUCAAACGAAAAAAAAAAGAAUAUAUAUAAUCUGUGGAAUCUAUCAAAUUUGUAUAAGCUAAUAAGUAAUAUUGAUUGAAUCUAUGCACUUGAAUUUGUAUAUAAUAAAGUAAUAAUUACAUAAGAAAUGGCACAAGGAAAGCUGAAAGUUAAAACAAAAGUGCCAGCAUCGGUAAAGACAAAGACAAAAAAGAUUAAAAAAGGUCCUGCCAUUCAAAGACGUGGAAAUGCUCCAGUACAGCCAAAGAAAACAAAAUUGCAGGAGACGCAAAAAUUAAAGAAAAUGAUUUCAAAAACAGUGAACAAAACUAUAGAAGACGAAUUGCGAGAGGCAGCUAUGAAUGGGAAAAAAACCCUUGCAAAGAAAGGUGCCUCCAGCUCGCAAAAAAAAUGAUAUAUUGAUGACUGUUGUAUUAUGUAUGUAUUAAUAAAUUA